AGAGCCGCUGUGUGUGCGCGUGACACCCCCGACCCAGCGCGGGGAGAGCGAGAGGACCGCGGUUACCGUGACGACGAGGAUGGGCUGCAAUCUGUGUAGUUUCCAGAAGAGAGAAGAGCAUUACAAACUCCUGUACGAGAUCUCACAGGUGAAUGGACGGGAUCUGUCACGAGCGAGUCAUGAAGAAGCGGUCGAAGCAUUCCGCAGUGCUAAAGACCCGAUCGUGGUGCAAGUGCUCAGACGGACACCCCUCGCCCGGGGUCAAGGGUCAUCAGGAGACGCACAGGUGGUGGAUGUGUGCACACAGACGGAAAUCACAUUUGAGCACAUCAUGGCAUUGGCUAAACUCCGCCCUACAACGCCGCCGGUGCCCGAUAUCUGCCCGUUCCUCUUAUCAGACAGUUGUCACUCUCUGCACACUGUGGAUCAGGAGUUUAUGUCCACACUGGCAGCAGACGCGGAGAGGACCGAUGACUUUGAAUAUGAGGAAGUGGAAUUGUGUCGAGUGAACAGUCAAGAUAAGCUCGGCCUCACGCUGUGUUACCGGACAGACGAUGAGGAAGACAUCGCCAUAUACGUCAGUGAGAUCGAACCGAACAGCAUCGCUGCUCAAGAUGGUCGAAUCCGAGAAGGCGACCGUAUUUUACAGAUUAAUGGUCAGGAUGUUCAGGACAAACAGGAAGCAGUAUCUGUUCUCUCUAAUGAAGAAUGCAGGAAUAUUGUGCUGCUGCUCGCCAGAACAGAAAUGCAGGAGGAGCCGUGGCUGGACGAUGAACACAGUGAGUUCUUGGAGGAGCUGAAGAUGCAGAUGUUGGAGGAACAGAGGAGAGAAGAGGAGGAGGAGAUGGAGAGAGCAGCUGAAGAGGAGGCCAGAAGAACGCAAGAUGACGACAUCACAGCCUCCUGUUCCUACAGUCAUGAGAAGUUAGUGGGUCAGAUGGACGUGUCAGGGGAAACUUCUGAGAAGAACGUUCUUGCGCAGAUCCAGAAGAGAUUGUCUCGGUGUCUGCGUCAGCGGCGAGAGGCUACGGGUCAGAACCGGGACGGCCCAGCAUCAUCGCAUCGCUCUGGAGAUGGACUGGAUCAUGAUACUUCUGAAGGAGAUCAUUAUCAACAGCUCCUGGAGCUCAAGUAUCAGAUCCGCAACAGCGGCGAGUACGACCUCCUCUACACCCGCAGCAGCACCAUCGAAUGCAGCCUGACGGAGCAGCGUAGCGGCGUAGAACACGAGCUGCGACUGCUCAACGAGGAACUGUGCAGCAUCGAGCUGGAGUGUCAGAACAUCAUGCAAGCGCAUCAACUGCACAAGCGAGACCAGCUGCAACCGGGACCCCGCAGCCCCCGCCACGGCGGAAAGUUGGCGGACAUCAGCGAGCAUCCCGAGAAGUCAGACAAGGACAGUUCAAGUGCGUACAACACGGCGGAGAGCUCUCGCAGUACGCCUCUCAACAUGGACCGCUCUCCAGAACACUCCAUGCAGAGGAUGGUCAACCUCAGCAAUCAGAAGAACCUCAAGACUAGUUUCCUAGCUGGUCAUGGUUCGCCACCUUUCAGGAGAGUGCCGAGCGGCAGUCCUGACCACAGCAACCCCUCAGAAUCCGACCAAACGCCUGCUGCGGAAGACGAGAGCUCUCCGAGGAAAACUCUUCACUCAAGGAUCCCAUACUUUUCUCCACGUCACCAGCAAGCGGUCGUCCCGGCACCUUCGCAACAUUACCAGAGUUACAUGCACUUGAUCCAGCAGCAGUCUGCCUUUGAAUUCGCCCACAGCCUUCUGGGAAUGAGCGACUCCCAGGUCGGCCAGCCUUCAGAACCUAAGAUGGAGUGGAAAGUCAAGGUAAGAAGUGAUGGGACUCGGUACAUCACCAAACGGCCAGUCCGAGACAGACUGCUGCGGGAGCCGCUCAAAAUCAAGGAGGAACGCAGCGGAGGUAUGACAACAGACGACGACGCUAUGAGCGAGAUGAAGAUGGGACGCUACUGGAGCAAAGAAGAGCGCAAACAGCAGCUCAUACGAGCCAAAGAACAGCGGCGGCGGCGAGAGUUCAUGCAGCGGAGUCGCUUGGAAAGCUUGCACGAGAACCCGCAGAGCGGCGGAGAGGGACGCAAGGAGGUUAGCAUCAUCGAACUCAGUCAACGUAAGAUGAUGAAGAAACGCAACAAGAAGAUUCUGGACAACUGGAUGACAAUUCAGGAGUUGAUGACGCAUGGAGCGAAAGCGCCCGAAGCAUCCAAAGUUCACAACGCCUUCCUCUCGGUUACGACUGUAUAGUUCUCAGACUUUACCCCAUGUGGUACGAUCUACUUUUGCCUCGUUCAAUGUGGCGAUUUUUAUAAGACAAUAAUAUUUUUCACACUUUGUUAAACGAUCAAUGUUUUUUAAGCAAAUAAACAAGUUUCAUCACAUGUUUUGUUACUGUAAGAAGUACUUCAAGGAAGUUUCUUAAUCCUAUGUUUAAUUUCUUUACUCACAUGCAGCAAAUAAUAGUUUUAGUGAGUAUCUUUGUCUGUUUUUUUUUUCCAGUAAAAAUAACAUUCACCUGGUAAUCAAAACUGCUCCUGAUACUUGAUGAUGUAAGCUUAAACCUCAUGACAUUAAGAUAAAAAACAAUAAGAAAUUUGUCAAAAAAUUCCCAAAAACAAAAUCAAAAUACUUAAAUGCAACAUACAGUACUGUGCAAAAGUCUUCGGCACAUAAGAUGCUUCACAAAAGCAUUUGUCUUAAGAUGGCCAUUUAUAUUAUCAGCUUUAGUGUGUCAAUAGGAAAUAUACAUUUUAGACUCCCAAACAUUACUUUUGCACAUAGAAUAGAAGAACAGGGAGCCCUGCAACAGAUGGCAUUGCCACCACAGUGCCCCCCCACUGGGCAUCAUGUCAGUCUGAGAAUACGUAAAGAGACAGAAGUGGUUGAGACAGCCGGAAUAGAUAGAAGAACUGUGUGCAGGUGUAUCGAGGAGAAUUGGGGCUGUUUUGAAGACACAGGUGGUCACACCGAAUAUUGAUUUAACUUUGUAUGACGUUCAUUGACAUCCUCACUAUGCAACAUUUUCCCUAAGUUCCUAAAACUUUUGCACAGUACUGUAUAUCCACUGAAACAAACGCUAAUAUAAUGCACAGAUUUGCUUAGCAGGUAGCCUGAAUUUAGAGUAAGUUUAAGAUAACGAUACUUGUAAAGAAUAUAAUUUUUUUGCAGUGAAGUAACCUUCAUCAAAUGUUUACAUUUCAGCAGAAUGUGAAUUGUUGUGCAAUUACCUGCCUUGAAUCAACCUUGCGGAGUCCAAUUUUGUGCUGGAGGAUUUUUAUCAUGUAUUUAAAAUGAGAACUAAACCAAACCAGCUCUCUGAACCAAACAGUAGACAACUUGUGUAGCUAAACAUGAACUGGGCCGGUUCCACCUCUCUACCUCUGCCAGACGCUGGACCAGUUCCCAAGACCAGAUAAAACCAGCUGACAUUAUUCAAAUAUUUACACACAGCGAGUGAGUCAUUCCUAACUUUAUGGUUUCUAAAAGGACACCCUCUACAAAGUCCAAUGUUGUGUUUAUGUGACCAGCAGGUGAAUAGGUUUCAUGGUAAAUGUGGAUGAAUCAUAUUGCAGAAGUGUUGCCGAUUCAUUAACCCACAUGGAAUACUAAACACGUACCAGCAUAAAUCAUCUAAAUGUACUCUCACCCUGAUCAAAUGCUUCCCAUUGCUCAAACGCUGGUUCUGCUCAGUGGAUCUCAUUUAAUGAAGGGUUUCAGAUAUGGUUCACACAGAUGUUUGUCUUUCUAUAGAACCAAUGUCUUUGAGUUCACUUUUCUGGAUCUGGUUUUAUUUAUUUAUUGAAGCAAAGACUGUACAUUUCAAUUGUAAAUUUCUGUACUUGCACUGGCUAUAUGUUCUCAGUCUUAUUUAAAUAAUCUGUAGUCGUCUCUCUUGGCCAGAUGAAUGUGUGGUCAUUGUGAU